AACCCGUUUCUUUAAUUCGUUGUCCAGAGGGUAAUCCCUACCACUGACUGACAAGGAAACGACAAUCUCAGUAACAUAUCUAACAAGUUUCAUUCAACCUUUGCUCGGCUAAGCGAUAACCACUCCUCAUGCCAGCAGCGCUCGAGGAUCAUCAUCAUCUGGAUAAACGGGUAAAACACUUCACUGAAGGGAAAAAAGAUCGUAUUAAAGGACACUAGGAAGUGAAUUAAUUAACUCGUGUGAACUCCAGAGACACGCGGUUUUCUCGCUUUACAUACAAUAUCAUUUUGAACGUUGGCGUAUAACGUUGCCUCUGUACAAGGCUGUAGGUGAUUAAAGAAGAAGGUGUGGGAUGAGAUGCCAUCUGAAACAAGUCUUCCUCCUAGUAGCUGGUCUUUUCAUUUUGACCAGGGUCUUUAUCUACAUGCGGAGAGAAGAAUCGGGAAACCUCAAGGGGUCACUGACCUGGAUCUGGGAUAAGGAGACUUGGGUGGAAGAUCUUAAGGGCCAUUACCUGCAUUUCAACAUUUCCAUUAAAGUCCUGGCAGGAGUCUUCCAGCCGUUCAAGAAGUACCUGACGGUGGGCCUCUCGUCUGUGAAGAGGGAAAAGGGCAGUUAUCUUCAGGACACUCUUCAGUCAAUCUUCUCUGCCUCCUCAGAGGAAGAGCUGGAUCAAAUUGUUGUCGUCGUCCUUCUUGCAGACUUUGAUGUGAGCUGGAUCCAGCAAACAUUAGAGAAGAUUACAGAUGAAUUCCACACGAGGCUGUCCAAAGGUCAACUUCUGGUCAUCCACGCCAACGAAGACAACUAUCCUCCCCUCACAGGACUGAAGAGGAACUUCAAUGACGCAGCUGACCGUGUGACCUUUCGAUCAAAGCAAAAUGUGGACUACUCCUAUUUGCUCUAUUUUAGCAGUAAUCUCUCCCAAUACUAUAUCAUGCUGGAAGAUGACGUGAGCUGUUCGAAGAACUUUCUCACCAGCAUGCGGGAGCACAUCGGUUCAGUGGGCAACUCGAAGUGGGUUACAUUGGAAUUCUCCAAGUUAGGCUACAUAGGAAAACUCUAUCAAUCCAGAGAUCUGCCCAUUCUAGCCCGAUUCCUUUAUAAUUUCUACCAAGAGAUGCCCUGCGACUUUCUGCUAUCGCAUUUUCACAGAUUGUUGAUGCAGGAAAAAGUCAUUCGUUUCCGCCCAUCUCUGUUUCAGCACAUGGGCACUUACUCGUCAUUUAAGGGGACGUUCAAUCACCUAAAGGAUGAAGACUUUGUUGAAGAAGUUGCCGAUAACCCUCCAGCAGACAUUAGCACGAAUAUUGAAACCUAUCAGACCAAUACUGUUGACAAAGCUUACAGCCAAGGCUUAGAGUAUUUCUGGGGUGUAUCCCCUAUUGGUACAGAAAACUACAUUUUAGUAGUCUUUCAUGAUCCUGUUCUUAUCUCCCGUGUCCAAAUAGUAACAGGACUGGAUGGGAAAGAUGAGCUGGUCUAUGCUGAUGUAGAACUUGGAAAAACAUUGGUCAAAAAGGAGUCGGAGGUGGAGUGCUCCGGAUUUGACAAGCUAGGUUCUCUUCAGCAAGGCCAGUUUAGUGAACCGGCUGUUCAGAAACUUGUGCCGGCAGCCGUGGCAUGUUUACGAAUCCGAGUCACUGUAGCCCAAACAACCUGGGUUGUCGUACGCAAGAUCCAGGUCUGGACUGUUAAAGCUGACCAAACCAGAUGAAAUAUUUCUGCUGUGCAUUUCUCAUCAUGACUUACUAAAGGCUUGAAUCUUUAAAAUGGACACAUGCUUGGUAAUUUGUAUGUGAGGGAAUGAUGUCGUUUCAUUGCAUCAAAUAAUUUGAUAAAUAUUUUAAUGAAUGAAUGAAUUAACUAAACUGGGGCAUUAGGACCCCUGGGGCAUUAGGACCCACACAGACCACAGGGUGAGCACCCCCUGCUGGCCUCACUAACACCUCUACCGACAGCUACCUAGUUUUCCCAGCAGGUCUCCCAUCCAGGUACUGACCAGGCUUAGCCCUGCUUAGCUUCCAUGGGUAACCGGUCUUGGGCUGCAGGGUGAUAUGGCUGUGAAACAAGAUAUAUUUACUAUAUAUAAGAUAUUUUAGGAAAUUAAAUUACAUUUAGUUUUCUGUUUCCAUUAUAAAAUAUUUUGUUAAUAAUAUACAUUAAAAAAAAAAAUACAUUUUAAUAAACUUACUUAACUUAAAAUGAAGUUUUAACAAUACUUUUAUUUAAAUUAAUAAAAAAACCUCAAAACAUUCUUUGGUAAUUUUUUGCAAGAUUUCCUGAGAUGAUACAUAUCAAAUUUCAUACAAAUAGGGUUAGUGUAGUAAGGGUUAAAAAAUCAUGCACACGGGAUUCAGAUGAAAGUUUUUGUUAAUAUUUUUAAUUUUUAUUAUUAUAUUUUCUGUUUUCAUUUUAGGUAAAGGUUUAGUAAUUUUGUUGGGUGUUUUUUUUGUCAGUAUGUCUGUAUAAUUUUCUUUUUUUUUUUUUUUUAUCACAAUUUAGUUUGAUAUUUUAUUUUGGUUUAUGUUUAUUUUGUUUCAAUUAAUUAUUAUUAUUUUUUAUGGUUUAAGGUUUAGUUAACGAUAGUAACCCUAAUUUGAACUCCUAAAAAGUAUGAGGCUUCAAAUUCUUUUUAUAAAAGACAUGUCCUGGAUGUUGUGUAGUUGAGUGGCAAAAGAGGAUGCCAAGACUCAAAGAGCAUUUUACAGUCAAACAUAUUUAGAUUUACAAGUCUUGUAAAAAUAAGGAAUGAUUUGUAAUUUCCGCCCCCUAGGGGUGAUGACUUUGAAAUACAAUUCCCUAGUUCCAUCACUCUGAACACUAAUGAGGGGAGAAGUACUGAUAUUAAUUUACAUUCAGCACACACAGACAUGUUGGGUUUCCAUGUUUUAUGGCGACAUUCCAUGUGGGUGUAAUGGUUUUUAUACUGUAGUAUCUUAAAUAGUAGCUUUCUACUAUUUUAAGAUUCUCAAAAACAUUUAUUUUGUAUGAUUUUUAAGCUGUUUUCCUAAUGGGGACCAAUGAGGACUGAAAAAUGUCCCCACAAGGACAAGGAUUUUGGACAUUGCCAUCAUCGUGGGGACAUUUUGUCCACAUAACAUAGGGUAUACUGGAAACACACACACACACACACACAUUUAAAUUAACUUAAGUUUGCUCAGUAUUUGAGGAAAAGGAUAGAUUUUAUACCAACGUGUCAUGUUGUAUUGCUUUUACUGUGUUUCUGACAAUCACAUCAGCAUGUGUGCUUUACUGAUCCUCACAUGCGUGAUAUUAACGCUUGUUGAGCGCUAUAUGUUCUCUCUCCCUCAGGGACAGAUAGUGAGAAAGGGCAUCAGAGAUAACUGAACAGCUCAGCUUCACAAACUGAUAUCUUCACUCUACGAAUAUGAGUGUAAUCUCUGUCAGUUAAUCUUUUUUAUUGUUAAAUUGUAAUGUUUUUCUAAUUUUGCUAAACUGUAUACACUACUGUUAUCGAUGACAGUCAAUUAAACUAGUUUCAUGUUUCUCAUGCGCACUAUCAUCUUUUUUUCUCAUCUAGUCAAAUACUUUCAACUCAAAUCAAUUUUUCAUGUCCGUUUCUGUGCUUUAUUGUUAAGUGGCAGUGUAAUAAGCAGACUCAUUUGCAGUCUGAUGGUCGUUAUUGCAAAAUAAACCACGUCAGGAUGCUACUCCACAUUGUAUUAUGAUUGCAUCUAAUUUGAGAUAAUGACAUGCUAACUGUACUGGGAUGUCUUUAUUCAUAUGUAUAUUACUGUAUGCACUGCCAUAUCUGAAA